UCAAUUUUUCAUUUGGCAUCCCCAUCAUCGACAUUAUUUAUAAAUUCUAUUUAAUCUGUGCACUGAAAAAUGUCUCCUGAGUUGUCUUAGAUAGCAUACCUAUCGAGUGUUUUAUUUUAUUUUUGACCAGCUUUCUCUAAUCUAAAUCACACAAAAUUAAUUCAGCACCUACCGCAGGGCUGUGAAAAUAGAGAAUUUGUAAUUAGAGCCUUGACAAUUGUGUAGUAGUGUCGCCGUUAAUCAUUUAAUAGGACCGACGCUUGUCACGCUAAUCAUUAUUUUGUAGUGUUCGUAAUUGGUUCCUAGACGUUGUGGGGAAUACCAAGUGGUAGUUGGGAUCGAUGGCAGUUUGAGUGUUUCCGUAGUGUAAUUAUUGGGGGGAGAGAGGCUGCCCCUGUUCGGUGACUCAUUCGCGGGCUGGUGCGUUAGAAAUCAUGGAUACCGAUGAUGGAGAAUCCUCGAGCAGCGGUCCUAUGUCCAGCCUGAACAGCCUGUUCUCGUUCACAAGUCCCGCCGUCAAGAAAUUGCUGGGUUGGAAGCAGGGUGAUGAAGAAGAAAAAUGGGCAGAGAAAGCGGUCGACAGUUUGGUCAAGAAAUUGAAGAAGCGGAAAGGUGCUAUCGAGGAGUUGGAACGAGCGCUGUCGUGUCCUGGCACACCGUCCAAGUGUGUCACUAUACCUCGGUCACUUGAUGGGAGGUUGCAGGUAUCGCACCGUAAAGGCCUCCCUCACGUCAUCUACUGCCGUGUGUGGCGUUGGCCUGACCUUCAGAGCCACCACGAGCUCAAACCCUUGGAGAUUUGCCAGUACCCCUUCAGCGCAAAGCAGAAAGAAGUGUGCAUCAACCCCUACCACUACAAGAGAGUCGAGAGUCCCGUCCUGCCACCAGUGUUAGUACCUAGACAUUCUGAAUUCGCUCCAGGACACUCCUUACUACCUUUCCAAAGGACGGCAGAACCGUCGAUGCCUCACAAUGUCUCGUACUCCGGGUCCGGGUUCCCUCCUUCAGCUAGCUCGGAACUCCCAGACACGCCGCCUCCAGCGUACUCCCCGCCCUCAGAUGACUCCGAACCACCUGGAGAAGUCGCCCCAGUUUCCUACCAGGAGCCUCUGUACUGGGCAUCCGUCGCGUAUUACGAGUUGAACUGCCGCGUUGGUGAAGUUUUCCAUUGUAACUCCCAUUCGGUUGUGGUCGAUGGGUUUACGGAUCCCUCGAAUAAUAGUGAUAGGUUUUGCCUAGGCCAACUCAGUAAUGUGAACAGGAAUUCGACGAUCGAGAACACUAGACGUCACAUAGGGAAAGGAGUACACUUGUACUACGUCGGAGGGGAAGUUUACGCAGAGUGUUUGUCGGACGCCGCCAUCUUCGUCCAGAGUCGAAACUGUAAUCAUCACCACGGCUUCCAUCCUUCCACCGUGUGUAAAAUACCUCCUGGAUGUUCUCUAAAGAUCUUCAACAACAGGGAGUUUGCACAACUGCUGUCUCAAAGCGUCAAUCAUGGUUUCGAAGCUGUGUACGAGCUGACGAAGAUGUGUACUAUUCGUAUGUCGUUCGUGAAGGGUUGGGGAGCAGAGUACCACCGUCAGGACGUGACGUCCACUCCUUGCUGGAUAGAGAUCCACCUGCACGGUCCACUGCAGUGGCUGGACAAGGUGCUGACACAGAUGGGCUCCCCACACAACGCGAUCUCGUCAGUGUCCUAGCCGCGACGCGCGCACUCGACCCCUCCCCCCACCGUACUUUGGUAUCCGGUAUUAAAAUUCUUUAAUCUCAAAAAUCAUUUCAACCAUUGCAUUUUGUAUUUUAUACGUGACAGAAUAUUUUUAAUCAUUUUUUUAAAUGUUUUGUGUUGUAACAUAGCCCCAAUUGGCAUUUAACAAUUAUGCAGCUCAAGCCAUGUGUCCAAUUUAUUGAAUCGUACCUAUUUUGUAAGCGUAUUAUAAAGAAUAAAGACAUUAAGGUUUACUAUACUCGUCAAUAUAAUUUAUGACAAGGUAAAAAGAUAUUAUUGGUGUAAAUAAAUAAUGCUUAUAUAAACUUUUUGGUAAUGUCAAGCACAAAAGUCUAAGUUCGCCAUAAAUUCGUUCGAUAUUGAUGAUAUUAUAUUUUAGUAUAUGAUUAUAAAUAUAUUUUAAGAUAAGACAUAUGUAUGUAAGUUUUCAUAUACAUUACGUGUAGCUUAGGUAUAGUUUUAAUGCAAUUAUUAUUUUUAACUAAUGUAGAAAUCAUUAUUUUGGUUUUGUGGCCCCUUGGGUGAGAGAAUAACGAGUUGUAUUGGUAUUAUACAACAUAAAACAAAAUUCAAGUGAUCCUUGAAUUAAUGGAAUAUGGACAUUUUUAAAUAGAGGCACAAAAAUUGCCAUUAUUUGUUUAUAAAAAAUAUGAAGUAUUUUCUCACACAACUGGCCACAAAACUUCAUUUGACAUAGUAGUAUAAUGAUGAAUAUGUGUUCUAUGUAUGUUUAAUUGUAUUUAUGACUAUAUUAACAUGUCAGGUUAGUUUUUUCGACUCGAAACUUGCAUGCAGUGUACAUUGUUGAUAAAGAAGAGAGAGUAUAAGGAAUAUGACCAGUGGGAGACAUGGUCUGUGAUGUUUUUAUAAUAACUGCCGUGAGACAUACUGAAUCAAUUAAAAAUGACGGUUUACACACGAAAAUAUACUGAGAAAAGCUUUCCUAGUUUCGCGUCACAGAGGGACUUUUCCGCAUGAGCAGCGUGCGCAGUCACAAGUAAGCGCAACCUAGCCUAGUAGUUUUUCUCGUCAUGUUUACGUGAGUUAACCGUCAUUUUAGUAAUUCAGGGUCUGUGAUAUAUAAAGUAAAGGAAAGAAAAAAAUAGGUUAACAAAAUAGGUAUUAGAUAACGUUCGAGUCGAAAAAACAAUUUGACAAUAAUUUUAAAUCGUGCCAUCGUAAAAGUCUACAGAAUUAAUUAUGUCUUGUAAAUUUUAAAAAGUGAACGUUGCAAUUUCAUUUUAAAUCAUUUAUUUCGUAGUUGUUAUUAUUCUAAAUGUUUUUGUUUUAAAAAUUAAAUAAUCUCGGAUGUAUUUGGAAUUAUUAUAAAUGUCGUAUAGAUUCAAUGCAACAGUUUUUGAAAGAAGUAGUUGUUAGGAAAGACAGUUUUACUAAAAAAAUAAUUAAAACCAAAUCAAGGGGACAUGUGCAGAGUAAUGAAAAAAUUGUGAUUGAUCUCAAAUCUAUUGAAUAAGAAAUGUUUUAGUUCCUCAAAAGAGUGACUGUUGCGUGUCCCGUAUAGUAGAGAUAUUCAUUAAACAUAUAUAUUUUCUACUGAGAUAUUGCUGAGACUAACGUUUCCAAUUCUUGACUAAUCAUCGGCCAAUUAAACUUACUUAUAUUUAUGGGAUAAAUAAACUUUAGCCCCUGAACACACAUAUUUUGAUUAUGCAUGUUCAAAGAACAAAAUUUUUCGUUUUUACAACUAACUUGUAAUCUAUGGGAACAUGCCUAAUAGAUGUUCUUUUCAUAAAUAGUCUUGAAAUGUUCUUUCUGGACUUAAAUCAUUAAAAACAGGUCUAUAAAGUACCUACCUAUAAAAGGGAUGAACAUAGCAACAGUAUUUAUUUCAGAUUGCGUCUUAUUUAAUUCAAACAUCGCUAUAGCAACAUUGAUUUCUGAUUGAUUGAAUUGAAAUCCAGUGAAAAUAUAAACGUAUUAUACAAAUUAUAUAAUUAAAAAUAAAAUGUGUAUUGAAAAGAUUUUCUAGAAGUUUCACAGUGAACAAAAUAUUUAUAGUAGCCAUAUUGGCGAUAUUCGUCACAUAAAUAAAAUGGUUGAACUCGUGAUUAAAAAAGGAACUUUAAUUAGGUUGUACUGCUAAUGUUGUCGAGCAUGCUACCCUUAUGGGUCCCAGGCGUAACUCGAAAACAGUCGAGUUACCUUGUCGAACAGUUACGUGAGUAAGUUGUACAACAUAAUAUGUUUCAAUAUAUAAUAUAAAAGUAGCGUCAACCAUAUACUUAUAGCGGUUUUCAUAUACAUUUAAAAGUUGUUAUUAGAAACGAAUGGCCUAUAGAGAUGUGCCUAAAUGUAGCAUAAAUAACCGUCCACUGAAGUAAUUGAUUUUUUGUAUGGAAUUUGUCUAUGUUUUGUUUGAGAUUUUGAGAAAGAUAGUGUAUUGUAUGUAUGAGUUGGUAAAUCACGUUUUAGCUUUUACCCCACUUGUAAGUGAGGUUUCGGACAGUGUUUUUGACAAUGAAAUCUUUAUAUGGCCAGAGUGUAAUUCGUAUACACUUAUAAAUUAAAUCGGUAUGAUUAGAUACGAUUUUAGUUUUAUGAUUUUUUUGCAUAAAUAAUAAUAACAGGGUAAUCGUUAUGAAAUAUUUAAAACUUGAUUUGUCCCUUCUUUAAUAUAUCGCCAAUCUAGUCGAUAUACGUCCGAAUUGAAAGUACCCUUAACCGACGAGCGUGCAUGAAAAGACUGGUAACUGUUGAUGAAGCGAUAGAGGUAUGUAAGAAUAGUCACUGUCUACCCCCAAUGGGAGACAGGCGUGAGGUUGUGUAUGUAUGUAUAUUUAAAACUUACAUUGACUUGACAAAAUUCAUACAAAAAUCAGCAACAUAUACACCACUUGAAGUAUACUCUUCAUAUAUUUUCUUUUACGUAUGUUAUUUCAUAUGAUAUUGGCUUGUCAUAAAUACGCGCAACUUUAUAAUUAUAAAGUUAUUGUUAAAAUAGUGCCUUUUAAAAUUUGAACUUCGAUAAAUGCCUUAUCGUUUUAAUUAUUACAAUUGAAAAGUAUUCAUAUUAUUAUAUUUGG